AUGCCCAGUGUCGCGGCGGGCGCCGGCCGUGAGUCAGUGGCGGCGCGGCUGACGGGGCAGGGGCGGGCCCGGCGCGGAGGGCGGCCCGCCUCGGCCGGGCGAUGCCUCAGCGCGGCGGCAGCGGGGGGGCGGGCGGAUAGCGGCAGCGGGGACGCGGCGCGGCCGCCCUGCCUUUCCCUGCCCGCCGCCGGCCUUUCCUCCGCCCCUUCCCUCGCCCCCUCCCUCCCCCCGCCCGCUCCGGCGCCCGUCUCGGCCGGCGCUCCGGGCGGGGAGGAAGGGCCGGGAGCCGCCUCCCGCUGCCCCCGGCCGCCCCCUCCCCAUGCAGCCCGGCCCGCCGCGGGGAGCCCUCCCCGGGGGGAUGUUUCCGCGGCCGCCGCCGGGAUAAGCGGCGCCCGUCCGCCCCCGCCUCGGACGGAGGAUGCUGCCCGCGCCGCGGCGGGCUCCGACUCGGGCAGCGGCGGCCGCCAACCCCUCCUCGGCUCCGGGCAGCGUCGCCGGCCAGAGAUGACUUCAAGGCACCAGGCGGACUGGAUCCCCUACAGUGUUCUGGAUGAUGAGGGGAGCAACCUGCGUCAGCAGAAGCUUGACAGACAGCGAGCAUUGCUAGAACAGAAGCAGAAGAAAAAGCGCCAGGAGCCAUUAAUGGUUCAGUCCAAUGUGGACAGUCGCACAAGAGCGCGUAGAACGAAGCAUUCGGAAGAACAAGCACCACUGGUUGAAUCAUAUCUUAACAGCAACAGCAGCACCAUAUACCAUGUACAGGAGGCCGAACAGGAAGAUGUAAAGGUGGUAGUGGAUGCCCAAGCUCCGAAAUCAACUAAAAAAGCCAAGGCAGCAUCUGCAAGCUGUCAGACUGGCAGUGCCAGAAAGGAGAAAAAAGGGAAACACAAAGGAAUUGAUGGCCCAGCUGCUUUUCAAGAUGAUGUUCAGAAAGCAGGAAGUCAAGUGCAGAUUCUCACUGUUGGGCAGUCUAGCCAUGAUGAAGAUGAUGGAGAGAAAAUGGCUACUGGCCAACAACAGCAAAGCAAACAGGAUCUUAAAACAGCAAUGCAGAAAAAGGAUCCCCAUGCAAAUACAUCCUGGUCCUCUUCCACCUCCCAGUCCAGUCUUGUUGCCUUGGAUCAUGCUCCUGGCAUUUCAAGCAGCAUGAAUUUUGAUGAGGAAGAGGAUGAGGAAGAUGCAGACAGCUCUAGCUCUUCCCAGCUAAACAGUAACACCAGGCCUGGUUCUGCCACAAGCAAGAAAUCCAGUAAGGAAGUGGCCUCAGCCCCUAGUCCUUCCACAAAUGAGCCUCUCAUAGAUGUUGAUGACCUGGAGGAAUUUGCUGUAAGACCUGCUCCACAGGGUGCCACCGUCAAAUGCAGAAUCACAAGAGACAAGAAAGGAAUGGAUCGUGGGAUGUACCCUACCUAUUACCUCCACUUGGAAAGGGAGCAUGGUAAAAAGGUAUUUCUAUUAGCUGGAAGGAAACGAAAGAAGAGUAAAACCUCUAAUUACCUCAUCUCCAUAGACCCAACUGACCUGUCUCGAGGUGGAGAGAGUUUUAUUGGAAAACUGAGAUCAAAUCUUAUGGGAACUAAGUUUACAGUUUAUGACAAUGGAGUAAAUCCAAUGAAAACAACAUCAAGCCUGGAGGCGAGUGUCCUGCGUCAGGAGCUAGCUGCUAUUUGUUAUGAAACAAAUGUCUUGGGCUUUAAAGGACCUCGUAAGAUGAGUGUGAUCAUACCAGGAAUGAAUAUGGACCAUGAAAGAGUUUCCAUCAGACCACGAAAUGAACAUGAGACACUGCUUGCAAGAUGGCAGAACAAAAACACAGAGAGUGUCAUUGAGCUGCAUAACAAAACUCCCGUCUGGAACGACGACACCCAGUCCUAUGUUUUAAAUUUCCAUGGUCGAGUCACACAGGCCUCAGUGAAAAACUUCCAAAUUAUUCAUGAUAAUGAUCCUGACUACAUAGUGAUGCAGUUUGGCCGCGUGGCUGAGGACGUGUUCACCAUGGACUACAACUACCCAAUGUGUGCUCUACAAGCCUUUGCUAUUGCCCUUUCAAGUUUUGACAGCAAGCUGGCUUGUGAGUAAAGGGGCAUGGGAGAGCAUCCUCUCAGAGGAAUCGGUUUGCCAUAUGAUUCCCAAUUCCUGCCGGUGUCACUUAUGGUCCGUGCUAAGGUCAGGGAGAAUGCAGUUGUGGAGGACCACUGGAUUGCUGGAGAGAAAUGUAAAAGGAACCUUUUAAAAAUUCAGGACAUUCAGGAAAUAAUGCUUUUCUUUUUUUUUUUUUUUCCUUUUUCUGUCAUAUUUUUUUCUGGAAGUGGCAUCGAGUUUGUGUAAAUAGAAGUUCUAUCUCAUGUCCUUGAUUACGUUCUGGAGAUGUGCCAUGAUAUACUGUACCGUGGCUCUAGUAGCACCAUUAUAACGGUGUGUCUUUUUUAAAUCCAGAAAGUGUGCUCUCAACAAAUUUCUUUUUACAUUUUAAGAAUUAUUCCAAGGCUGCAAUCGUUCCUCAAGGUUGCAUUCUUACAUCGAAUAAUCAGAACUUCACUUCAUCCAACGUGAAAGAAAGAUCACAAAAAAAAAUAUAAUGCACUUUUUUGAAUUUGUAAGGAUCUCAUGUAGCUUACGGCCAAGUCUGAGGGUUGAAAACCUAUCUGGACUGAACUUGAUCCAUCACUAUUGUACCUGUAGAGAAGGGCAUGAUGAAUUUUAAUCACAGUAGGAGGAAAAGGAGAAGUAGAAAGCACAAAAUAAUGUUGCACAAGUCACUUAAAUUCUAAGCUGUCUUUAUGUUUUAACAUCUAUAUGCUUUUUAAUUUGUUUCAAAUGAAAAUGUAUGGGGGAGUACAGAAAAGGGAAAGCUCUAGAUGCCAAGAAAUCAUAACGUACGUUGAAUUUGGCAUGUUGCGUGUUGGGAAUUUAUAGCCUUGUAUUGCUGUGGUGAUUCAAACGUAUUUUGUAUGAAGUGAUACAAACAGUUGGGUAAAGGCUCUCUGCAGAGAAUCUUUUUAUUUGAAGCAGGCUGUGUAAAGCUGAGGAAGGUAAAUGGAAAUAUUUUAUUAAAUCUGUCUGGCCUUUUGCGAUUUCACUAUUUGUUGACUGCAUUUUUUUGAACUUUCUGCAACAACCACUUUUCAUAUUUAUUUCCCAUUGUAAGAAUGCCUGAAACCAGGUGAAACUGUGUAUGUUGUUCUGUGAUGCAAACGUGCCAGCUACUGAGCUAAAUCCUUCUAGGCAAAAUGUAGCGUAUGCUGCAUACAAAUCAGCUGUUGGAAGGACACCCAGUAGCUUAAAAUAGUGUGAGGUUUUUGUCUCGUUUUUUCUGAUUUGAAUGGGAUAUAUAAACAAAUACCAUUUCAAAACACAAGCGAAGAACGAGCUUCUCUUCUUUCCUAAAUGUCUUAGAAGCCAAGAGCUGCAACUGAAAGCACAGCAUAAAGCACCUUUAAAAAAAAAAAAAGAAUCUUUUUGCCAUUGUUCCAUAUAAUGUAAUUGCCAAUGAGUCGUGGAGUAACAGGAUCUAUGUGUCGUUCACCAGAAAGGUACUGAAAUGUGAGUAAAGAGCAAAAGUAGUUGUAUUUUAUACUGUGUGUACUCAGAUCCACCUUUUUACUCUUUACGGACUUGUGUUGCACAACCAAAGAUUACAUAAGGAGAAAAUGAGAUCAAAUCUGCUUGUCUCGUAGCUGUCAGCUCCUUUUAUACGAUAGAGGCAGGCCAUAAGGAGUGGUUGUGCCAUCUGGACUGUAUAAUUUCAACUAAUAAAAGAAAUAUGCUGUCUUCUUCACGUUUUGCCUUCAGGUCUCUUUCCCAGUAUACGGGCAAGAAAAUUUCAGAAAGAUAAGGGAUGGAAAUAAGUAAUGCUGUCAUUUUUUUCUAAUUUUUUUUUCUAUGAGAAAACUCUGCUGGCUUUGAGCAGUGUGUUGUUGAUGGACUCAGCCUGUCAAAUGUCAUCUUUCAAUAGCAGGAGGCUCUGUCAUUUUUUCAGAUCUCUUUACAGGAAGCUUUUCCAGGCAGUGGUAUGAAGUGGAAAGGCACCUUUUGUUUGAGACAGAAGAGCAGUCCGUUCCCUCAAAGAACGUUCAAAAUGAUGAGUCAUGAGCUGAUGUCUGAUAGUGAGCACUUUGGACAUGGAUGCUUUCUUUUUCUGUAUAUUCUGUGGUUUCCCACUGCUUCACAUUCUCAUCCAUGAUCUCACUUUGGCUUUUAACAGAGGGACCCUUAUGCCUUUGGUUACCUUCCAUCAGUCCUCAAAAAUGAACUCCAGACAAAAGCAGUAUUUUUGCUUGAACUACUGCAAAAAGAGACAGGAAUUCUCGGUGCUGGUUUGUAGGCCUGAUUUGGAUUUCAAAAACUCUGCAGCAUGUGGAUGGUUGAACGUGUGGCUUAAAUUCUGUGGAUCACCACUCCUGUGUUGCCUUUGUAGCCUGGGAAAGUGACACCUGACAUAGUUUUCUGCCACUCUGUACAUAAAACUCUGUUAAAGAAACUAAGCGUCUUGUGGUGCAAAUAUACAAUGUGUUGGCUUUGAGAGCAGAGUUGGUUAAGGAGUGGUUAUUUUUAAUCCAGAUCUUAACAGUGGUCUCGCUUACACCCUGAUCCACAGGGAAUGGCAAGGAAGCUUGUGCACGAGAGUGAGAAUAAGGGGCAGGGGAAGGGCAGAGUUCAGCAUCUUGGGAUAGCAUUGCUGCCAGCACAUUGUAUAAACUCACUCUCACCGUGUAUUCUUUCCAGGCCAGGAAUUUUUUUAACCUGUAAGCAUGCCAGGAGGAAGGUGGUGCCUCAAACUCCCAUCAUCGUAACAGAAUCAGUCACACAGGGACAUCAGCCAACAUGCUGCUGAGAAAGAAGUGCCCCACAGUAAAUUUAGGUCACCGCAGGGAGGUGUUAACCUGGGACUAACAGCAAGAUUUGUGCCGAGUGCCCUUUGCCAAACCCCUGACUCCUCAUGGUUGUUGAGUGCAGUGCUCCUUUCCUUCACUUGACCUUCGCCCUUCGCUCCAGAAGCAGUUGCUCAUAAUUUGGACUAGCAGCUGUUUAAUUUCUGGUGGGCACUUUCUGAUGAAGCUGGGUUAGCGAUGCCAGCUGAUAUUACAAGUUUUCCAGCACAUCUGCAGAUUUUGUUUUGCUAACUUAGUAAAGUUGCAGCAGGUUCUGUCUGAGUCGUGCCUGAGACUGCACAGUCCCCACAGUUAGAUUGUCCUCCACAGCAGCAAUAAAUCUUGGAAUCAGGAUGUAUUUUCAGACAUAUGUGCAUCUGAAAGUAACACAGGAGUGGCAUACUCAUAUUGGCUGUGGCUUCUGGAGGGGCUGCACAUUUGUGUGCAAUAGAACAUAAUCUUGUUUACUCAGUGUGACAAAGAAUAGAAUGGUACCGAGCUGUGUAUUUCCUUCACACAGUCCUAGUGAGUGUUUGGAUACAGUAAAUUUAAUAUUAUUUAAACUCUUGCUAUUGAUAUUUUUUGCAUCUGCUGUUGAUUUUGGCAGAGAGUUGUAAACAAAUUCCUUGCCUGAAUUGCUUAUAGGCAAAUACUGCACGCUUUAAUGAAGUUCUUAAUCUAACUUGUCACUCUGUGUACAUCAAACAGUUUCUUCCUGGCCCUUUAUCUAAUUUUCUUCAUCUCUGAUGUUCUGUUCCUUCUCAUUCUGUUCACAAUCCCUUUAUCUUUUCUUCAGGGACGUGCAACUCAAAAGUGUUUAUUUUGACAAUAUUUCUCAGUGAUCUCUCCACAGAUGAAUAAUGCCUUUGGUGCACAUCCAGUGAUGCUCCCACAAUAAAAGCCUUAUCACAGGGGGGAAUUUGGCCCUUUGGCUUUUCAGUGGAGUAAAUUAACACAUUAAAAAGGAGUAGAUAGAAAAGCUUGCCUAAAAUGUAAUCGCAAUUUCUCUCAGUAAACAUUGGGUAAACCAGAAUUUCCAAAUCACUGGUUGCAAAUCAAUGAGCAGAGCAGUCCGCAAGCCUGGAGGCAGACUGUUAUACAAAUUCCCUUUGUAGUGCUGCCUUAUUUUUCUUUUCAAAAGGCUUAAAGCAAUUCUGUGAACUGAAAUGUGCCAGUGCCCUAAAACAGUUUGUUUUCUAGAAGCUAAACACCACUCUGUUCCUUUUGUAGGCUAUGUGGCACGUAAAGGUGCACUCAUCCCAUAAAACAGCAAUGUUGUAGCACACUGUUAAAGAUUCUGAUGCUAAGAAGGCUGUAAGAAUGGUUUUGCAGUAAUGACUGGGCAGAUCUCUCACUAUUCACGUUGCCCUACCAUAGUGCCACAGAUCGCAUCCUUACGAGGGAAUGAAAGUGAAAGAGAUCUGGUGGAAAGAGUUGUUCACAAAAUCUGGUAGCUGCAUGAUUGAAAAAUGUUACUGUGGACUCAGAUGACGUUGUGGGGAACCAGUGCCAGAUUUUCUGGGUUUUUGCUUCCUUUGGAUAAAGAAAGAAGUAAGGGGGACUUACUUGCAACAAGCCCAGGCAUUUUUACCUGUAAAUAUUUGAUCCUGUGGAAUUCUAGCUAGUUCCCCCAUGCUAUCACAUUGCUCUCCUACACCUGUAUCUGCAAGCUUUUCCUUUUUUUAGAGAAGCAUGUGCUCACCAGUAAAAUAUCUUUAUUUGGCAAAUAAGGAUGGCACAUGACAGAACAGCAGUCACCUUUACUAGAAUUAGGUAAGACAGCUCUCAGGUAUUUCAAAUGCUCUUAUUUUUAUUACUAGAAGACAAGAAUUACAUAUAUAAAGCUUGAACUAAUCUUACUACAGAUAAUGUGCUACUUCAUGAACCUGUGUUGCUUCUGUUCUUCAUAUGAAAUAUACCUUUUGGGGUUCUGCUCUGUAAGUGUUCAAAGUUAAUUGUGUAAAUAUUCUUUCUGUUCGUGCCAGGGAACUAAGCAAAAGAUUUGCACAGCUCUCUCUUGGUAUUUUGCAUUGAAUUGCUGGCCCAGUAACGAUGCCUGUGUAUUGGAUGAUAAUGCAUUUCUAUGUUGUUUUCAUUUAACUGCCUAGAAAUUUUGGAUUCCCCCCUUUUCAGUAAGGGCAUGUUUAUCCAUACUGGCAAUGAAAAGACUUGAAUUUGCAUCCUGAAACCAUUUAAUGAAUGCAGUACGCUGGAUUGCUGAAUUGCUUUAGAAAGAGGACAUAAUUCAGAAAAAAUAUGCUUACAUUCUUGAGGGGAAAAAAAAGUUCACUUUAUAAAUUGGAUACAUCUAUAGCAGCAAUUUGAAAAUUACUCUCUAUGUUUUUUCCCCCCUUGGAUGUGACUCAGCUGCUCAAACUGUGGUUAAUGCAGACUUUGACUCCAUCAUCGUGCACAGCUGAUAAAAAAUGAGUCUCAUAACUUCAGACUACCUUUACAGUCACAUGGGAUGCUUACAGCGCAGUCUGUUCCCCACAUUUGUCCCUAUAAGUCUGUGUUUUCUACUGAGGUUAUCCCAGCUGGCACAGUGCUGUUAGAAGUAUCAGUAAUUUAUAGAGUGAACUUGCUCAAACUAAUAAUGUUGGCUGUAAACCUACUUAUAGAUUUUAGCAUUAAAAUCAAGCUAAUUUAAAGCUUACAGAUUGGGUAGUAUUUGUGCAGGAUUUUCUUUCCUUUAGCUUGUCUUGAAUAUUGGGCUCUCACAUAAGCAAUCAGCUCCUGGCCCUGUUCCAUACUGCAUCAGGGACUCGGCGUUAGGUCUGACCAUACAGACCUCCCUGCUCAGGUGGCACCACUUUGCUUUUGGGGAGCUUUCUGUUGACAGCUUUCUUUAUUGCACUGUCUUUCAAUACACCUCGGGGCCAAUCUGUUAUUCUCAUCAGGCAA